UCGUUCUUAUUUUAUUUAACAUCUGCUCGUGGCCAGACGAAGGCGGGAGGUAAGGCUUGGCGCGCCACACAGUCGUGAGAGCAUGCCGAUCAGCGUACAACGUCCUCGACGACGCGAGUGAGACAAAGAUAGAUAGAUGAACGAAACCGACCGUUCUUUUGUGUUCAGUGUUUGAUUUCAUGUGAAUUUUGUGUGUGUUAUUGUUGACCGUUGCCAGUUUAGUGUUUUUCACGGAGUUUUCCUAGUCGGCCUAACGGAUGAGGGGUAAUUAAAGAUGGCGUCCCCGGCCCCCUCUCUGGAGUCUCUACCCCGAGCCAACUCCAUAGGAUCGUUCGGCGAUCAAGGCGACUACCUGUCCCUCUCACCCCUCGAAGACCUCUCCCACAGCGGAUCAUCGCCACCGGCCAGCGACACAGCCGACAGAGACAGCGACCCCUCAGAGCUACACUGCGAACACUGCAAGGAACCAGUGCUAGAGCCCAAACUCCUCAGCUGCUUCCACACCUUUUGCGACAUCUGCUUGGAGAAGAACAAACUAUCCUGCCCCCGGUGUAAUUCCGAGUCGAUAGAAGGCAUCAUCAGUAGUUUAUUGUUCGGAUCUGAUUCAGAUCCUCCUCCACAACCCGCUACACCUAGGUGCACCGGGUGUAAACACAAGAGGCUCGACGCGGUAGCGCGCUGCGUGGACUGCGUUAACUACCUCUGCUCGAACUGUCUGAUGGCGCAUCAAUUCAUGCAUUGCUUCGAGGGCCACCGGGUGAUGAACCUGGAUUCGAAAGAGGAACCGAGGAACGGAUUUGUCACCCCAACGGUCGGAGGAGACCGAGCCAUGUCCUGUCCAAGACAUAAAGCCGAAUUACUUAAAUUUUACUGUCGAACGUGUGCUGUGCCCGCGUGCAAGGAAUGCCUAAACGCCGAACACCCUGCAGGACUUCACGAAUGCGAACUAGCCGGAGACGCAGCUCCGAAACAAAUAGAAGCCAUCCAGCAUGCAGUAGUAGAGGCUAAAGCCAAAGCAACAGAUAUCAGGAACGUGCUAAAGAACGUGGAACACGCAAACAGUCGCCUACAAGUCCAGUACCACAAAGCGCAAAACGAAAUUGGCGAAACCUUCCAGUUCUACCGAUCCAUGUUAGAAGAGCGCAAGCAAGAGCUACUUAAAGAAUUAGAAAGUGUUUACUCGGCAAAACAAAUCGCCUUGGGAGUUGCUUCGCAAAAAGGUCAGGAAACGGUCGAUCAAAUUUACAAAACGUGCGAGUUUGUCGAGAGAUUAAGCAAGUGCGCUAGUCCCGUAGAAGUAUUAAUGUUCCGUCGUCUUUUAGACGCGAAGUUACAGACGCUCCUCGGUUGUAGUUUAGACCAGAGUGUUCAGGCGGCCUGCGAACUCGAGUUCGUCUCUAAUUACCAAGCCAUUCAAGUGGGAGUCCGAAAUACCUUUGGUUAUGUCAGAUCGAGCGCCGAGGCAACUAUGGGACCCAGUAAACAACCUCCAAUUGCUCGACCAACUGGUGGAGGUUCGAGUUCAAGUGGAAGCAGCGUCAAUGGUAGUUCAGGAAGCCUAAACGGAGGCACGACUCAUUGCCCUUUCUCAGCUCUAACAGCCCCCACUCAAAACGGGGGGUCUCCUUUCGAAUCUACCGUGAUAAGCAAGAGAUUCAGCAGCGUAAACAGUCUGGGUCCUUUCUCAGCACCUGUGGGUGAUUUGACGCCUCUCAAUGGACUCGGGCCUUACGAAAAAUGGUCGAACGGUGGUGCGGCUGAUGGUUUGUUUCAAAACGGAAAUUCAGAUCCUUAUGCAUUGGCUGGAGCACCUCAUCCAGAUCCUUUGCUAGAUCUCAGCGCGAAAUUAUCAGCAGCAAUAUUUCCUCCCAAGUCACAAAUCAAGCGUCAGAAAAUGAUCUAUCAUUGUAAAUUCGGCGAGUUCGGCGUAAUGGAAGGUCAGUUUACUGAACCCAGCGGUGUAGCUGUCAAUGCACAGAACGACAUAAUUGUUGCAGACACUAAUAACCAUCGUAUUCAGAUCUUCGACAAAGAGGGACGAUUCAAAUUUCAGUUCGGUGAGUGUGGUAAACGCGACGGACAAUUGCUGUACCCGAACCGCGUUGCCGUUGUUCGUACGUCCGGCGAUAUAAUCGUAACAGAACGCUCACCCACGCACCAAAUCCAAAUCUAUAAUCAGUACGGUCAGUUCGUACGAAAGUUCGGUGCCAAUAUCCUUCAACACCCGCGAGGCGUCACCGUAGACAACAAAGGCCGCAUCGUAGUGGUCGAGUGCAAGGUGAUGCGCGUCAUCAUCUUCGACCAGGCCGGCGCGGUCCUCCAGAAAUUCGGCUGCUCCAAGCACCUCGAAUUCCCUAACGGAGUGGUCGUCAACGACAAGCAAGAGAUCUUCAUCAGUGACAACAGGGCCCAUUGCGUCAAAGUAUUCAGCUACGAAGGCGUCUACCUGCGCCAAAUCGGCGGGGAAGGCGUCACAAACUAUCCUAUUGGAGUGGGGAUCAAUGCCAGUGGAGAAAUUCUGAUCGCGGACAACCACAACAACUUUAACCUGACUAUUUUCACUCAGGAUGGUCAGUUGGUGUCUGCUUUGGAGAGCAAGGUGAAACACGCGCAGUGCUUUGAUGUGGCGUUGAUGGAUGAUGGAUCGGUGGUACUGGCCAGCAAGGAUUAUCGCCUGUACAUCUACCGUUACGUGCAAGUACCACCCCUCGGGCUGUAGACUUUUGGCGUGUAAAUUAGCACGUGCCGUGCCUCACUACCCCAAAUUUUAGAUCGUAGGUACUUUCGUGGAUAAAGCUAUACGUUUACAAUUUAAUUAUCUUCAUUCUACAACACUCUCCUUUUUUCAUUCAUUGUUUAAGCGAAAUGUUUUAUAUUUUCAAUCUUUGCUAAGAAAAUGGUAGUACCAAACAUUACGUUAAAAACGACUUUAAGUAUACGGUUUGAGUUUUCUAUAAGUAUACAGGUAUUAUUUAUAAUUUAUAUUUAAAAAAAAAUAAUGUUUUGAAGUUAAAAUAACUAUUCUGCUUAAUAAAGUUAUUACCAUGACCUCUAGGAAAAAGAGAUUCUGUGAUUAUAUCAACUAUGUAUGAGUUUUUUACUAGACGAUCUCUUUCACGUCCUCCAACUUGAAUUUCUUUUUUAUGGCCAAGCCUUUUAAUUUCAAUUCAAUGAGAAGAAUGAUUCUAUUGAUUCUUUAAAGGCCAACCAUAAUUUAUAAUUUUCUGAAUUAUUGGAAUUAGGUAUGUUAUGAGUCAGAUUAUUUGAAUUUGCUGAUGAUAUCAGAAAAAAAGAUAGUAAAUCAUAGAUUCCUGUUGAAAUUGUAGACAUCAUAGCUGUAUUCACGAAGUUUGUACGAUUUAACCUGAAAAAAACAGCGCUCGUUGUGAUUACGAUGCAUGCAAUAUACCCCCUUCUCACCACUAUCGUUUUUUUUAUUAUUUUUUAUUUUUAUUUUUUUUUAAUUAGUCGUAGAAAGUAGUUUUUAUAUUUGUUGAUGAUGCUGCCGAGUUUAAGAUAAUCGGCCCAUUCUUAGUCGGGCGACCCCAAGACUCUUUACUUAGUAGCUAAGGUUCGUUUGAUUAUUAUUUUUAUUUUUAUUAUUUUUCUAUUUUUAACUCGUCGACUGUUCUGGGGAUCCCCCUUCUCCUUGUUUUUUUAGGGUUUUCGCCCCAUUGACGCACAAAUACGCGCACGAUUUUUGAUGUUUGUUUUUAUCGUCUCGCACUUUUUGACGCUCAGUAUUCUUAUCUGCUGUACAGUUUUUUUAUAUUUAUAUAUUUUUAUACACGUCUGUUCGUGCGUCAUUGGGAUGGAAAAAGGUCAGAAUUUUAGUUAAAUUAAAAUUAGGGACGGAUAAAAAUUGCGAUAUUAAAAAAAACAUUUCGAUAAAUCGUAUUUUGAAAACAUCUAAUAUAAAAAUAUCGAUAGUUUUUGUGUAGCGUCAAAUGUCAACAAGUCGUAUUUUGAGACAUAUAAGCGUCUAAUAUAACAUCAAAUUAGAGAUGGUAAAAUGUUAUGCUUUUUUUUAAAUGACAUCGGUUUCUGCUAUUUGACGUUAAAUAUCCUUGAACAAUCUUGAAGAGUCUUAUAAUACCAACAUUUAAAUAAAUUAAACUGUCUUGCGAUACUAGAUCGCAUCUUCAAGAAAAAAUAUUGAUUUAUCUACACAUCUGCGUCUAUUGUAAUAACAGAAUUAAAUGCGUCAAAUUUUUAUUGCUAUAUAGGUUUUACUAGUUUAAAGCUAGGAAUUUCUAUGUUAAAAGGCCAAGGUGGGUAUAACCAUAUGACAAAAUCGAUUAUUUAUGAUAAUGUCACGUUUUUAUUAUUAUUAAAUAAAAAAAAGAAUGAAUCUCAUCAGGAACUAAAAUUAUCGAUGUUAUAUAUACUAGAAACUAUCAAUAUUUAAAAGAUCUAUAAUAUCUACGGAAAACUCGUUAAAAAUAAAUAUCAAAAUAUCGAUACUAGUAAAACUAUCGAUAUUUUUUGAAGAAAAAAAAUAUCGUUAUUUUUGCCCAUUCUUACUAAAACCUCGAUAAAAAGCCGGUUAAAUUUAUGGGGAGGGGGACUUCCCCGAGCCCCCAAUUUUUUAUAUACGGUAAUUUAUGUCUUAUUUAUAUUAUUUUUUUACUUGUUAUUGUUUGUGGAAUGCCUGUGUGGGGCCGCGACCGUGCUGUACCCUCUGACCCCCGUCGUGUUACUUGUUGUCUAUUAGGCAGGGGCGUCGGUCCAGCCUCCCACAACCCCCUAUUUCCUCCGUACGAUCUAGAUUUGUUGUUAUUAUUAUUAUUAAUUUAACGGUAAAAUUAUUGUUCUCAAACUGAAUUUGUACAUUGUUUUGUUUUUCUUUGAUUUUUUGUUGUAAAUGCUUUUUUUACUUAAUAAUACCAUUAAUUGCAUUU